CUUGAUUUUCCAGUGUUUUCAAAAUGAAAUUUCAUGAGAGUAUUACAGUUUUUAAAUUUCCUUGGGAGCAGGUUGCUCAAGGUAUCUGGCAGCGUUAUCCAAACCCCGAAAGCACUCAUGUCCUGUCAGAAGACACUGUUGUGCGAAAAGUGGUCGGAAAUUGUCUUCACUCAAAGCGGCUGUUAACAAAGACCAACCGGUUGCCAAAGUGGGGUGAACGAUUUAUAAAUAGUAGAAAUGUCAACGUGAUCGAAGAGUCAAUUGUCAACCCAGAGAAGAAAGAAUUGAGCACAUAUACAAGGAAUGUUGGAUUAACAAAGGUUAUGACUGUUGUGGAAAAGGUGACCUACAGACCCAGUUCAGAAAAUUCACAGUGGACAGUGGUUGAAAGACAGGCAUGGAUUGAUUCUAAAAUUUUUGGAUUUGGGUACGCCAUUCAGAAGUUUGGAUUGGAGCGUUAUAAGAAAAAUAUACAGAAGGCCAGUGCUGGAUUUCUUUAUGCCCUAAAUAGACUCUUCCCAGCUUCUGAUAGUGCAGUUGAUCCCACUCAGAGUCACCAUAUGACACUAGAAGAAAGAAAGCAAAGGUUAAAAGAUGCAGCAAUAGAAACUGCCAAAAGGGCAAAGGAAUUGGCGCAAGAGAAGGCAGGACCAAUUUAUGCCGCCUGUGAAGGUGUUCGAAGUUGAUUGUAUAGGUGCUGUAAGUUUCAGGUGGUGUUCAUUUUAAGGACAUGUUUUUGAAAGUACAGUAUUGUGUAUGAAAUUUUCUCUUUCAGUAAUUAUUACUAGAGAAUCUAAUGCUGCUGUUGUUAAUAAAUUGAUUAGUAUUACAGGGAAAUAGAGUAUAUUGGUAAAUUGACUGUAGAUAUGUACAUUUUCAAAUGUUAUUCGUUGUAGACAUUUUUCAUUGUAGUAUUAUAUAAGGAGAUAUGGUUAGUAUUGGCGCUAUUGCAGCUCAAGUGACAGCUUUGAUUUGGACUUAAGUACGAAACGUAACAGGUAUAUUACUUUUCACCAACACAAGGCAUGGUUAUUAGCUUUCCACUACCUAUCUAAAUUGAAAGUGGUACACUUAUGAAAGAGUAAUGUCUGCUGCUGGAUAGAUUCCGUCCUGAGGUCAGAUGGUCUUGGAAAAGCUCGAGUUAGCUGUUAAUUCAUAGAGAAAUCCAUCAGCCUUUGAUGAACCAAGGAUGGUUUUAAUGGAUUUUCGAAAAUCAAAGAGCAGUUGAGGUCUUGGGUUACAAUCCAGUUGGUUUUUGUAAAUUACUACAUUAUUUCUGUGGAAUUUUUUUGCAAUUCCAUUAAAGCCUUUGCAAGUUAUUCCAUAUUGUAUAACCGGAGAAGUCUGUUCAUCAUUCCAUAUUCUUGUGUUGUGAUUAGUCAUUUUUAUACUGAAAGGCCAAGAUGAUUUCACAUAGUAUGUUGUGCUAUAUCAAACUAAGAAAUGUUUUUGAAAGAUAUAUCCAGUUUAUUUCUGAAAAAUAACAAUGCUCAGUAAUGCACCACUUCUGUGGGUUUUGAUCAUUGACCUUUUUUCAGGAUUUAUGUCAUUUGAAAAGCUAUUGCUAAUUUUUGCUGUGUGCUUGUAUGAGUUAACGUAGAUAUUUCCAGGAUUGAAAAUUUUUUAAUAUAUUAAAAGACCUUAAUUAGGAAACAUUAUGACCAAGGAGUUGAGAAAUGUUCAUAAUCAGGCAUUGGAGAAAAUGUAUUCUUUCUUCUGAUAUAGCUAGAUUACUGAAUAAAUUGCUCAUGAAAGACAAA